AUGAAAAAGAUUGCUCAAAGGUUUAAUCUUAGAGUUACAAUCGACGAAAAGAAGGUGUCACGGGUAAUGAUGAGUCAGGCAGCUCGACUCAAUGAAGUCUUUACAGAGGUAAGAAGAGUCCAUGUGAUCCGCUCUGCUCUUCCAUCUCCUGGCACAUGGCCACCGGAUCUGCCAUGGAAAGCAACAAUAUUUCUCGAUCUGCCAUGGAACGCAACAAUAUCCACACUCUAUUGUUUGUCUCGAAUUCGAUGGGGGAAGAUCGAGUUCAAGACAAACAAGCUAGAGUGUGGAGUCGAGUCACACGACCCGCUAUGA